AUGAAAAGGAACUCCAUUUUUGCAGGAUUUCCUUCUGCCUUCAGGGAGCUUCUCGGUGUUUGGCCUGCCUUGCCCCAGGGAGCACUUCACAAACCCUUGAGCUGGGAGGCAGCGGUGUCCUCAACGGCCACCUCAACAGCCACCUCAACGGCCACCUCAACAACAACCUCGAUGGCCACCUCAGUGGCCACCUCAACAGCCACCUCGAUGGCCACCUCAACGGCCACCUCAACAGCCACCUCGAUGGCCACCUCGGUGGCCACCUCAACAGCCACCUCAACAGCCACUUCAGUGGCCACCUCAAUGGCCACCUCAACAGCCACUUCAACGGCCACCUCAACAGCCACCUCAACAGCCACUUCAACGGCCACCUCAAUGGCCACCUCAAUGGCCACCUCAGUGGCCACCUCAACGGCCACCUCAAUGGCCACUUCAACGGCCACUUCAACGGCCACCUCAACAGCCACCUCAACAGCCACCUCAACAGCCACUUCAACGGCCACCUCAAUGGCCACCUCAACGGCCACUUCAACGGCCACCUCAACAGCCACCUCAACAGCCACUUCAAUGGCCACCUCAAUGGCCACCUCAACGGCCACUUCAACGGCCACCUCAACAGCCACCUCAACAGCCACUUCAACGGCCACCUCAAUGGCCACCUCAAUGGCCACAUCAGUGGCCACCUCAACGGCCACCUCAAUGGCCACCUCAACAGCCACCUCAAUGGCCACCUCAACAGCCACCUCAAUGGCCACCUCAAUGGCCACUUCAAUGGCCAACCCAACGGCCACCUCAACGGCCACCUCAAUGGCCACCUCAAUGGCCAACCCAACGGCCACCUCAAUGACUGGAUCGUGUUGGGCCACCUGUGCUUUGGAGGACACCAGCCUGAGCCUGGGCCUGCCGCAAACAGCGCGGGCAAGGCUGCCAGCGUGGCACUCGCCCAGCCCCGUGGAGAAGGACGCUGGAACGUGA